AUGCAUAGCUCAAUUAGGAGUAUUCGCAAAGCUUGCAAGUAUACAAGAUCCUCUCUAUCUAGGUUGGAAAAGUUUUGGCAAUGUUUAGUGUUGGAGAAGAUUGAUAGCAAAGGUUAUAUGCCUUUAGAGUGUAAAACUAGGUGGAAUUCAACAUAUGUAAUGUUAGAGGCAGCAUUGAAGGUGCAAAGGGGGUUUGAGAGAAUUGAGGAGGAGGCCACUGAUUAUGUGCGUUAUUUUGAUAGUAAUGAUAAUGAUGAUGAGAAUCAACAAAAUAAGAGAAGAAGGGUAGGAGUUGAGUCUGGUGAUGAAAGGAGGAAACUCAUGCCUCCUAGUUCCUCCGAUUGGGCUUAUGCAAGUGCUUUUGUAAAAUUCUUAAAGAAAUUCUAUGAUGCAACUUUGAAGCUUAGUUCAUACAAAACGGUGACGGCUAAUGUGCCUUUUCGUAAGAUGUAUAUGAUGGUUGAUGCGUUGAAAAAAGCAAUGAGAAGUGAAGAUGAGUUCUUAAAGAAGGUUGCAACUUCAAUGAAAGCAAAGUUUGACAAAUAUUGGGGAAAUAUCAAAGAUGUCAACCAAAUUGUAGUUCUGGGGGUGGUCCUUGAUCCUCGUUUCAAAAUGGACCUAGUCCAACGGGGAUUUAAGUUCUUGGAAGAUGAACCUAUCAAUAUUGAAGGGUUGGUGUUUAGAGUUAAAAGUCUUUUAUUCAACAUGUAUGAAGAUUAUAAAAAUGAUACUCCAGGAGUUGCUCAAUGGAGUAUGGAAACAUCUAAUGAGAGUGAGGGAGUUGUAAAUGAAGAGGAGGGAGAUGCAAAUUUGGAGUUGUUUAUGAGAAGAAGAAAAGAGAGAGAUGUGCCAAGGUAUCCAAUCCUGUCCAAGAUUGCUAGGGAUGUGUUUGUUGUUCCGGUGUCAAGUGUGCCUUCAGAGUCAGCAUUUAGUGCUGGGAAGCGGGUUGUAAAUCCUUUUCGGGCAAGUUUGACUCCUAAAACAGUGGAGGCACUCAUUUGCACCAAUGAUUGGCUCAAAGCCCGACCUUUUGACUUCUACAACGAACCAACUGAAGAGGAGAUAGAACUUUAUGAAUGGUGCGAGAAAAUAGAAAAAGAAAUGGAAGCACUACAAAAUUCUGAGGUCUUACAAAUUGUCCCAUACAAGUUUUGA